CUUGAGGCGCAAAAGAAAACAGAAGAAGUGAGAAAGCGGAAGUUGAGUCCGCAUGAGAAUUCGUGAGUGUUUGGGCGGGGUGUAUGCGGGAUGGGAUGUAUGCUUAUCGUGGUAUAGGUCGAGAGAUGUAACCAAGUCACCAGAGCGCGGACAGUAUACGGCUGAUCUUCCUGUCGCGUCGGAUUCGUCGUCUGACUCCGAGGAUGGCGAGCCGGAACCAACGGCGCGUGUCAUCCCCAUCCUUCGCUCUUCUCAGUCUGCUGGACUAAGACCUACCGAUGCCUCAUAUCGACCGCCUGCUAUAGCAACGCCAGCGAAGCAGAAAGAGAAUGCACGGAGAAGGAGUUUGAGCUUAACACCACCGCCUGCACUGCCCGUGGACGUGAUCAAGAUCGGUACAAGAAGGAUCUUGGCGGAGUUCGUUGACAACGACACAAGCCCUGCACCGGAACCAAACCAACCCUCUUCGGAGACGCCAAGGAGACGCACUAGGAACCAGAGACCGACUAUGUUGGAUGAACGGGUGGACAAGAAGCCAGACUUUAACCCGGCAUCACCUCCACGAACUCGAAGCCAGAGGCAAAGCACUGGGUGUUCCUCAGCAUCAACCGGCCCCCCAGCUCUCAACCCAACCCUCGCAGACAUCGAACCCACCAUCACCAACAAUAAUCCCCUCCCCUCCAUUCAAAAAUCCGAUAUCCCCCACGUCGAACUCGCUCUCCUCGGCCACACCUCCCCCCACGACCCCAUCCCCCUCCCCCCCUCCUGGCCUGUCCCCAUCGUCUUCCGCCUCCGCCUUAACCAACCCUUCCGUUCCCUCCUGAAAGCCUAUCUGGCACGGAAAAAUAUGUUGGACGAGGAGGUGGGGAGGAAUAUCGUGAUGGCGUGGAAGGGGAUCAGGGUUUUUGGGGCGGGGACACCGAUGGGGUUGGGGAUGAGGGGCGAGGAGAGGGGGGUGUUGGAGGUUUGGACGGGGGAGGGGUUUAUGGGGAAGAAGAGGGAGGAGGAGAGGGAGAGGGAACGAAAAAGGAAGGAAGAGGAAGAUGCGAAGGACUUGGAGAACCGUGACAGGGACGAUACCGGUACCCCCGAUGUUUACUUCCUCGCUGAGCGUUCAGCAUCAGCCUCCGCCACCGCCCAAGCCCCCAAUCAGCAACAAUACCUCAAGAUCCUCCUCCGCGGCAAAGACGGUGACCUCAAACUCAAAGUAAAACCAACUGAUACUGCAGCAAAAUUAGCCAAGUUUUACCGUGCGCAGAAGAAGAUAUCGGAGGGCGUGAAGGUGACGUUGGUGAUUGAGGGGGAUGAUGUUGGGAAUGAGGAGGAGGUGGGGGAUAUGGAUGUUGAGGAUGGGGAUAUGGUUGAGGUUAGGGUGGGUUGAGUAUAUCACAAGAAAACUGGGGAAGGAGUUACAUCAUAUUGCACGACAUUAUCCCAUAGUAUGACCAAAUAAUCAAUCUUUUUGCUACGGCGA